CAGCUGCUGUUUUAUUGAACGAGGAGGAGCUGGCAGCAGAUGGGUCCACCCUCACCAGCUGCGUGACACUCGCAGGGUUUUCGCAGCGGACGGGAGCGCAGUGAUGGAUUCAGUGGAGGGACGUGGAGGCUGCGGGCGCCAGGCCCUUCAUCAGACACCAUGAGACCCUCAGCAGCCUGCACUGCGCUCGUCCUCCUGCUUCUGCCAGCAGCUUCAGGAGCCUGCACAGUGAAGAAGCUGGGCAGCAGCACGGGGAGGUUCGCCAACGCCACGUUAGUGCGGCUCUCUGAGUUUCUGAGUGCGGGUUACAAGAAGGGCGUGAGACCUGUGAAAGACUGGAGGACGUCCACCAUCGUGGCCAUAGACCUCAUGGUUUACUCCAUCCUCAGCGUGGAUGAGAAGAAUCAAGUCCUGACAACAUACGUGUGGUACAGACAGUCGUGGACAGACGAGUUCCUGGUGUGGAACCCAGAAGACUUUGAUGAAGUCAAACAGGUUUCUAUGCCCACAGCUAACGUCUGGGUGCCUGACAUCCUCAUCAAUGAGUUCGUGGAUGUGGGGAAGUCACCGGACAUACCUUAUGUCUACGUGACGCACGACGGCCUGGUGCGUAACUACAAGCCCAUCCAGGUGGUGACGGCCUGCACCCUGAACAUCUACAACUUCCCGUUUGAUGUCCAGAAAUGCAGCCUCACCUUCCAGAGUUGGCUGCACACCAUUGACGACAUCAACAUCACUCUGAUGCGAAGCCCCGAGGAGCUCAGGGAGGACAAGAGCGUCUUCAUGAACCAGGGAGAGUGGGAGCUGCUCCACAUCCUGUCCAACUACAAGAUCUUCAGUGUGGACAACGAUGACUAUUACGCUGAGAUGAAGUUCCAUGUGGUGAUCCGGCGACGGCCGCUCUUCUACACUGUGAACCUGCUGCUGCCCAGCAUCUUCCUGAUGGUGAUGGACGUUGUGGGUUUCUAUCUGCCGCCGGACAGCGGAGAGAGGGUUUCCUUCAAGAUCACUUUGCUGCUGGGCUACUCCGUCUUCCUCAUCAUCGUAUCGGACACCCUGCCUGCCACCGCCAUAGGAACCCCGCUGAUAGGUGUGUACUUCGUGGUUUGCAUGGCCCUCCUGGUGAUCAGCCUCACUGAAACCGUGCUGAUUGUGCGUCUGGUGCACAAGCAGGACCUGCAGACCCCCGUGCCCCACUGGGUCAAGUACUUGGUGCUGGAAAGAGCUCCGGUCCUUUUCUGCAUUCACAAGAAGCACCGCCUCUGCUCCAGACUGUCCUCCCAGGCCUCAGACCUGGAGCACUACAAGGACAACAACUAUGGGACUGCCCAGUGCACCAUCCACCACACCUGCGAGAUCGGCCGAAGGCUCAGCCAGCACGACAGAGAAGGCGGGUUGCUCGGACUGGGCCUGCCUCCCUCCAGGGACCCCACCCCACCCGUCAUGGACAACAUCCUGCAGGAAGUGACGGCGAUUCGGCACUUCUUGGAGAAGAGGGACAGGUGUCGGGAAGUCGCCAAGGAGUGGCUGCAGGUCGGCUACGUGCUGGACGUGCUGCUCUUCAGGGUUUACUUGGUGGCCAUGGUGGCCUACAGCAUCACGCUGGGCACGCUGUGGUCAGUGUGGCAGGGGGCCUGAGUGUGACCCCCUCCCCCCCGGUGCUGCAGUGGACACAAGCUCAGUGGGUAGAACAUAGAAUUAAAAAAGGCCACAGUGGUUGGCUCUGUGCCCCGUGGAGCUCGGUGGAUACAGGAGGCACUGGCAUAGUGAAGGAAGAGGGAAAAGCUUCCUGUAGCUCAGGCCUGUGUGCAAAGGUUAAGUAACCAUCUGGGUUUGUCACCACGUCCCUGUGAACGUUAUUAUUAUCAUUAAUCAGAGGGUUUUCAUCCAUGUUUAAAGAGCAAUCUGCUUUUCAGGGUCAGACCAAGGCUUAGACGUUAACACUGCAACGCACACUUAUGAAUGCUAGCAUUUUUUGCCCUUAUGAAAAAUUAAAAAGUGGGAACAGGACAAGCAAAGAAAUUUUAGCCAAGGGAGCCAAUUUAAUAUUUCUGGUCAGUUUCUGCUAAGACACAAACAAAAAAGGACCCAACGAUUGAUACACAAUAAAAUUAAAAGUGAAAGAAAAGAACCUUAUUGAGAAAUAAAUUAACCUGGUGAAGUGCAGCAGUAUCUGUUGAAUUCCUUUGUCUUAGAAAAUGUAAAUAUAACAACAGUUCAACAACAACAACAACAAC